AUGGCGGCUCCCAUGGAGCUCAGCUGCUGGGGAGGCGACUGGGGGCUGCCGUCCCUGCACCCGGAGUCUCUAACCGUAAUGGCUUACGCCAAAUUUUCUGGUGCUCCCCUUACAGUGAAUACUAUAGAUAACUCUUGGAGAGCUCCAAAAGGAGAUGUACCAGUUCUGAUAUCAGAAGAUAUUGUUAUUUCUCAGCCAGCAAAAAUACUAAACUUCUUAAGAAAGCAGAAGUAUAAUGCUGAUUAUGAAUUGUCUGCAAAACAAGGAGCUGAUACACUAGCAUAUAUUGCGCUACUUGAAGAGAAACUCUUCCCUGCUUUGCUGCACACUUUCUGGGUUGAGGCUGAAAAUUACUGUACUGUGACAAAGCCAUGGUUUUCUUCAAGGAUUGCCUUCCCGCUGAGUUUGUAUCUGCCUGGAAAGAUGUCCAGAGAAGCACUGAACAGGAUAUUGCUGACUCGGGGCGGGCCUCCAUUCUACAGUCUCACUGAGGUGGAAGCGCAGAUAUACAGGGAUGCCAAGGAGUGCCUAAAUCUCCUGUCGAAAAGAUUGGGAACAUCUCAGUUUUUCUUUGGAGAUACGCCUACCACCUUGGAUGCCUUUGUGUUUGGUUUCCUUGCGCCCAUUUAUAAAGUAUGCUUUCCUAGAGUACAGUUACAAGAGCAUUUGAAACAGCUUCCCAAUCUGUGUCGAUUCUGUGAUGAUAUUUUAACUUGCUACUUCAGGUUAACUGUUGCAGGCCAUUCUCCAGCUGGACAGGAUACAGCAGAUGCUAAUCUGCAGAAACUCACACAGCUUGUAAAUAAGGAAUCCAACUUGAUUGAAAAGAUGGAUGACAACCUUCGCAAGAGUCCUCAACACCCCCCUCGAAAGCUAACGACACUCAAGCUUGCUGCAGGUGGAGAAGAAAUAACUCCACUGAAUCGUUUGUCACCUUGACAGCUUUCGCUCAUACACGUGUUUGCCUUCAACUCUUACGAGCACCACAGUGUAUUUUUUCACAUGAAUGUUGGUUUGCAAGAACAGACUCUGCUAAUGGUUAUAAGUAGAGAGAAAAUACAGCUUUACGAUCUCUUACCUACCAGUGCUUUUAAGACAUUGCAUAGUUCAAGCUGAUCACACACUAAGGCAAAAAUUUAACUCAAGGCUUAUUCCUGCAGAUGUUAAAGCGAUUUUGUACAGCAUAUUUUUGCAUUUACCCUAGCAGAAAUGUUGAGCAAAAGUUACAAUCCCAUGUAUGGAAUGUUCAAUGUUAUUUUGCAGCUUUUGAUUUUACUGUAAUCAUGUUACUAGAUGUGAGUGGGUAUGCUCUUGUAUCUCUGAAGAUUAGGAAGUCCAAUUGCAAAAUCAGUGAAAGGACUGGGAAAGCAAAUGAGAUGUUGCUCUUCGUGGCACUUGAGAAGUGAAAAGCAAUGAGAAGUUGGAUAUUUUUCAUUGUACUUUCAUAAAUGUUUUGGGGUCUUGCAUUUGAAGGUUGUCUGUAUUUUUGAGAAGCUUGUCAUGUUAUACUUUCAAGGAGAUUGCUGAAAAGCAUUACUGACAUUUCACAGGUGCUUGGUAUUAUUAGUCCUGUGUGAAAUGGGCAUAACCUGCACACAGGGUAAUACCACACUGCAAUACCAUUAAGUUCAAAUCAAAGAGUAAGAUGGAGAAGCUUGACAAGAGACUUGACUAGCAAACAUUCAGAUCUGUGUUGAAAGUUAUUGGUUAAAACUUUGGAGAAUGUAGGCUUUUCAGUUUGUCACAGAUGCCUUUAGUUUUGUCUUAUUUUUUUAUAAGCACUACAGUUCAUUCAAAAACUAAAAAGCAUCUAAAUUUUUAUUGUUUGACAGUCUGGUUUAGAGUUCUUUUAUCUCUGCAAAUGUAUUACAUUGCAGUGCAUAUUUCUUCUGUUUUAUUAAGGGACUUCUGUCUCAUUGCAUUGUCUCAGCAUUUUCCCUUAGCAGUUCUAGAGACACAAGCAAUUCUGUUACAAUAGAGAUGGUGCAGUUUUCUGUUGGCAGCAUACUGGCAGAUGCUUCAUGAGUGGCUGUAAAGAGCAUUAGUCAGAGAUUGACAAAGUUCCUUCCAACACCUGUGAUUCUGUGAGUACUUUGGAUGCAGAGUUCCAGUAGCUAUAUGCAUGGGAUGACUGUUGCGUUUUUUUUUCCUUUUCUGGCCAAACUGAAAAAGUCUUUGAGAUUCCCUGCAGCUACUAGUCAUGUUUGGGGGAUAUAAAGAACUUAUUUCCUAUUUAUAAAGACAAGACUGUAGAUUGUGUACAUACUGUACUUUCAGAUUUCAUAUGAAAGGAAUGUAAUAUCUUUAACAUUUCUUAAUUGAAAUGUUGAGUUUCUAAUGAGCACUUUAAAAUACUGUUCAAGCUUCAUGCUUUCACUGGAGUAUUUGUUUCAGUGAUUUGAAAUUAAUAUAGCUCAUGCUUACGAUAGUUGUAUAAAAUGACAGUCUACUACACAGAAAAUUAAGUCAAAUGUUUAACAUUCUUACUGCCUUUAUCAAGAUAAGAUUUAAAUGAAAUCAAGUCUAAGGUCUUCAUUUUUUUAAACAUGGCUAUGGAGAAGAUGCCUUAGUUUGUUGCGUUUGUGAAUAUGUACACUCAGUCUUUAAAAUCUCUUUGUAAAAAAGUCAUUGU